AAGUGAAAAUAUAAAUAAAAUACGAUAUUUACAACCUGCCCACAGCAACGCGUUGCCACCUCUACAUCACAAGCAACAAGUUAACGUCUAGAGUUUCAACAUUUUUUGAAUCCAUCUGAGGUAUUUACCAAAAGCACCCAAAAAGCAUUAAGACAAUAGUCAGGUCAGAUACGAAUCAAUCAGCAAAUCAACCAACCCACCAAACGACCCACUUACAAUAACUUAACUACAAUUUAUUUUACAUUCUUGUAAACAACUCAAAUCAUUCAUUCACCAACAGCAGGUUAAGACGUGCAAGCUCAAGUAUAUAAGUCAAAAUGUGGCCGUCUCACUGUCAACGGCUAGUUCUGCUUGUCAUCAGCCUCACCUGCUUUGCUUGCCUCUUCGCGCCUGUGGCGUCACGUUCACGUGACAAAGAAGGCCGUCGACGUAGCGAUCGCCUGUCAACUGUUUCGUCCACCUCCGCAUCAACCUACUACAGCAACUAUGCGGGCAUCUCCCCCGUUGCCACUAGCAUAUAUACGGGUCCCAUGGAUACAACCGGAUUUUGUGUACGUCGCCGCGACAUGAAACUCAUGUGCUAUUGCACGCCUGACGAGAAUCAUGUACCCGUACAAAAAGCAGAAUGUUGGAUAUUCUCCGAUGUCUUGUUACAGAAUGACACAACUUGGACGCGCUUCUUUCAACAGAAGCGUUUGCGUGAAUUGAAAUUUGUUAUACAAAAUCAUGGCCGACUCGAUUAUAUACCCACAAUGAUAAUUGAAUCAUUAAAGAAUUUGUCCAGUAUUAUUAUUGAGUAUUCACAAGUGGAUGUGGUGAGGAGUAACGCUUUCGCAAAUCUCCCAUAUUUGGAGCGUAUCAUAUUGACGAAUAAUCACAUUGUGGCAUUGGCUCAGGAUGCUUUCGCCAAUCAUAUACGUUUGCGUGAAUUGAAUUUGGAGCACAAUCAAAUCUAUGAAAUCGAUCGGAAUGCCUUCCACAAUUUGCCACAAUGUGAGCGUCUUUUCUUGAAUAACAACAACAUUACCAACCUGCAUGACAGUUUGUUUGUGGAGAUGCCACAUUUGAAUUAUUUGAAUUUGGCUUAUAAUCAAAUUUCUGUGCUGACCAGUGAUAUCUUUAAGGGCCUAGGCAAUUUAAAUGUGCUGAAGUUAUCACAUAAUAAUAUAAAUUUUAUUGGAGACACUGUAUUUGCGGAGCUAUGGAUAUUGUCGGAAUUGGAAUUGGACGAUAAUCGAAUUGAGCGUAUUUCGGAACGCGCUCUAGAUGGCUUGAAUACUCUAAAAACGCUGAAUCUACGCAAUAAUUUACUGAAGAAACUCGACAAUGGCCUACUACGUGGCACACCAGCACUCCUAUCAAUCAAUGUCCAAGGCAACGACUUGGAAACUUUGACAUUUUAUACAUUCCAGCCAAUUAUGGAUAAUUUAGUCAAUAGCACGAGUGAACUGCUGCUCUCAGGUCUGAAUUCAUAAUCUCAGCACGCGACGAAUGGGAACUGGGAGGACCUUGUG